AUAUACACUUCGGGGACAGACAGAAUUUCAUACAUACUGUUAGAUGCUGCUAGCAAUUAGUAUCGCGUUCAUCAAAUUCAGUUGGUCCUGUAAAAAUGAGUCUACCCUGGUUCAUCCAUUCGCCGAAAACCAUAGAGCGUUUCAAGCACGUGCCCAGCAAAGUGGCACUAGGCAUAGCAAAUCUCCAGACUAUUGACCAGCAGCGACGCACUGCGAGAAAUAACAAUAAGAGCCGCAGCUCCAUGGCGCUUAGUGAUCGCGGCGCCAAAACUCAGGUGAGCCGCGAUAAGCGCGAAGCGGGCAUACAAGCCCAGGGGGACCAUCAGCGUCACAGUGCAACCGGCAAGCUGAAUCGCCGCAGUUCCCUGCUGGAGUGCCUGACGCCCAAAGAGCGCGGCCGCGACUUCUGGGUGAGCGAGGUGCACAGCCUUGACGACCCACCGACUGUCAGCAAUAGGAGCAGCUACGAGCGUUUGCUCGCUGAGAAUGACCGCCUGCUCGAGGAGAACGAGCGUCUGAGAAAUGACAAGGUGCGUCUGGCGGCAGAAAAGCUGAGCGCGCAGGAAUACAUUAACUAUCUGCAGGAAAAGUUGAGCGAGAAUGUGAUAGAAACCAUGCAGAUGAAGCGCGGUUUGACCAAGAUUCGCCAAAAACUGGAAGCCAGCAAGCGACAGGCUAGCGACACUCCGUCAAGGCACUCCUCUAAGGCACAGUUGUGAGGGGUUCGUUUUAUUUAUUGUAUUCAAAAUGCAUUAUUUAUUCACUGUAUUGUAAGGAAAUAAAGCAUGAAACGUU